CACUAUAUAAUUCAGGGACAGCAAGAUCGCAUUCUUAGCAAGGGAGAAGACUGAACAAACAGAGAGAGAGAGAGAGAGCGGCCAUGGCGAUGGCGAGGGGGAGGAAGGAGAGGGCGCCGCGAGGGUACGUGCCGAUCCUGAUCGGCGGGCAGGGGGAGGAGAGGGAGAGGAUCCUGGUGCGCACGGAGCAGCUCAAGCAGCCGCACUUCCUCGCGCUGCUCGACCUCGCGGUGCAGGAGUUCGGCUACGAGCAGCGGGGGAUUCUCUGCAUCCCCUGCACCACCAAGGCCUUCCGUUCCAUCGUCGGUGCAGCCACGCCCACCGCCGCCGCCGUCGCCGGCGGCGAGAUCAAGUCAUGACACAUGCUCUUUCUCUCUCCAGUGUUCUUGUUUUCUCCUUUCCUCUUUGAUCCGUUUUAGCUCUGUGCUAUGCAGAGUUGUUGUUAGCUUAGCUCAUGUACGUACACACGGAUCCAAGAUUGUAUAUGCAGAUCACGAUGAGUUUAUGGAAAGUCGUGAUGUGUUAUAGCAGUGGAUGUAAAUUGUGAUGUUAUCUUGUAUAAUUGCACAGAGAUGGAACUUAAAAAAA